AUGCUGCGCCCGGGGCUGCUGGGCGCACUCUGCCGCGCACUCCUGGCCGCGGCUGCCCUUGCCGGAUACUCUGGGGACCGCUGCAGUUGGACUGGCAGUGGCCUUACCCAGGAGCCCGGCAGCGUGCGGCCGUUGGCCCUGAGCUGUGCGGAGGGCACGGUGGAGUGGCUGUACCCGGCCGGGGCGCUGCGCAUCACCCUGGGCCACCCCGACCCUGAUGAGCGUUCCGCUAUCGCCUGUCUGCGGCCUGCACGACACUUCGCAGGCGCCCAGGUCUUUGUGGAGCGGGCGGGUGGCUCCUUGGUGCUGCUGUUGACAGAAGCUCCAGGCCUGUCUGGGGGUCGAUGCGUGCGCUGGGGUCCUGGUGAGCACCGGGCCCUCUUCCUGCAGGCCACACUGCAUGGCGACAUCAGCCGGAGAGUGGCCGCCUUCCGCUUUGAGCUACGUGAGGUCGAGCACCCCGAGUUGUUGCCUCAGGCUCAUGGCCUCAGCGCAGAUAGUGCCUGUCGCCCCUGCAGUGACAUUGAGCUCCUUCUGACUGCCUGCACUGGCGACUUUGUGAUCCACGGGACCAUUCAGGGGGUCACCCACGACACAGAACUGCAGGAAUCUGUCAUCCAAGUGACGGCCACUCGCAUCCUCCGUCACACACUGUCACUGUCUGGGACUGGGGGUGGGGUGCAAACCUCCAUCCGAACCCCACUGCACUGUGGGGUGCACCCUGGCCCUGGUGCCUUCCUGUUCAUGGGCUGGAGCCGCUUUGGAGAGGCGUGGCUGGGCUGUGCCCCCCGAGUCCAGGAGUUCAGCCGUGUCUAUGAAGCUGCCAACGCUGCCCACCUGCUUCCCUGUGAGGUGGCGCUGGGCAAGCCGCCAGAGGCCUGGGCCCCUUACAUCCGGCUUUUCAGUAGGGCCUGGUGGGGCCAGACCCACAUGGCCCUGGGGAAACAGGUGCGCGCUGUGGCUAUCGGAACUUCCGGAAAGGCCCCUGCACCCCAGCCGAGUAUAGUUUGUGAAGGACCGAGUUUGCGGGCUCGGCUCAGCCACUUCCGGCACCACCUGCCCGGCCCCUUCCCUCACUUCCGGCACCGCGGCCUCAGGUAA